ACAAGCUGACAUCCACCUGCGAUCACUUUUCCUUGCAUGCGAAGAUAACUUCAAACGGUUCAGUGACGUUUAACGUGUAUACGGCUAUGUUCAAAUGUGUUCGGACAUAACCUGAAAACUGUUACGAUUGUCUCGACGUGAAUGAAUAGUAUCGGCGAUAAACAGAAAUUGGAUAUUCAUUUAGAGAAAAGUUUACUGUGAAAGAACUACGGAAGAAAUGGCGGAUAGCAAAUCAAAUGAAAAACAGGUUGAAAGGCCAAUCGUAGCUAAAUCAGCUGUUGAUUUGCAGAGGUUAAAACUCAUGAAACUGAUGAAAAAUCCUGACAAACCAAUUUUACUGCCAGAGAGACCUAAGUCUAAAAACACUCCAACGGUACCCGAAUUUGUUCGAAAUGUAAUGGGAAGUAGCGCUGGGGCAGGAAGUGGAGAAUUCCAUGUGUACAGACAUUUACGCCGCAAGGAAUAUUCAAGGCAGAAAUUCAUUCAAGAGAAAGGAAAGAAGGAACUUUUGGAUGAGGAGUACCACAAGAAGUUAGAAGCCAAUAAAGAAGCAGCGGAUCAAGCAACAGCCAAGAAGCGAGCCAAGCGGUUGAAGAAGAAACAGAAAUUAAAGCAGAAGAAAAAAUUGAAGCCUUCAAACCCUCAGAACAGUCAGAGCGACGAAAGCGAGCAUAGCGAUACACCAGCUGAAGAUUCAGAUCACGAAGAAAAUGUUGAAGUGAAAAGUAAUAGUGAUACUCCAAGUGCGAAUUGCAAUUCCGAAAAACUCGACAACAGCGGUGAUGGUAAGGAAUGUAAAGAAAGCCGUGAGACUGAGGUUUCAACAAGUAAAAUUGAAAGUGAUAAUCAUUGAUAACGUAUAUACAUUAUUUUAAGACAAUGUACGAAUUAUUUACAAAUGGUAUGUUUAUUUUGACCUGCGAAUUCCAGACCAAAUUUAUCAUCCUGAGCAAACUGUUGCAAGUAAUCAACUACUAUAGCUGAUGAAAAAAACAUUGUAAAAUGAAAAGUGUGUUCUCUUACUGUAGCAGUAAUUAAUGG